AGUGUCAUGCUACAUUUGUGUGGUGUCCUUUCAAAUGGUUACAACGAGUGAUCAAAAGUGCAUACGAAAAGGUUUCCAAAAUGCUUAAGUUGUUCAGUAUCGAUUUUCCUUUCUUCAUGAUUUUACUUUUACAAAGUGUCCUGUGUGACGAAAGUUGUCGAGUACCUUUAGGUAUUAAGACGCCCGCUUUGCCUCCUGAUGACCGCUAUAUAAUCGAUAUUAAUCCUCCUGUGGAUAAUUACGUACCAGAAGGAACCUACACCGUUAUCCUUAAAUCUAAUGACGGGAAAGCCAAGUUCAUAGGUUUCACUAUUUGGUUGACGGGGCACAGCGCAGAAAAUCCUGACAACAAAAGGAAACCGAAGAUUUAUUUAGCUGGUCAGUUAUUACCGGAUGAUCCGCUGACGAAAUUUGGAGACCGAGAAUGUCCCAAUAACACAGUAAUUCAGACUAAUUUGGUACCUAAGGAUAUCGUGCAGGCCAAAUGGAAAGCUCCGCCCAAGGGCCAAGACUGCGUGACCAUCCACGCAAUGGUGGCGAUCAGAAACGACAUGUACUACAGCGGCCUGACGCGACGCGUGUGCGAGGACGUACGCAAACUUGAAGACAUGCCACCGGACGAAAGCCCUAAUUGCUCCGUGUGUGAAGAGGCCAGGUAUAAGAUAACAUUCGAAGGCCUAUGGUCUUAUAAUACCCACCGUCCCUUGUACCCUAUGUCUAACACGAGUACGCCCUCAUUCAGUGAUAUAGUGGGAGCAUCACAUAACAAAAACUUUAAAAUAUUUAUCAUCAACAAAGAGGCUUCCGAGGGAGUUAAAACACUUGCUGAACAGGGGAAUACUACAGUGCUGGAGUUAGAUAUGCAGGAAAAGAUUGGCAACAGUGUUCGAAGCAUAAUCAAAGCAACUAGGCCCCGCACUACAAAUGCGGCCACCUCCGCGAUAUUCCGUGUGAACCAGAAAUACCACCUUGUGUCGGUAGUGACAGCAAUCCUGCCUUCGCCAGACUGGUUCUUAGGGGCAUCCAACCUAGAACUAUGUAACGCGAGAAAUCCAAAUACGUGGACACCAAACAUAACUUAUAAUCUCUACCCAUUAGAUGCGGGAACCGACAAGGGAUCGGACUUUAAUUCAGCGAACGACAACCUCAUGCCUCCUCAGGCGAUAGGCAAUGUAAAAUUCCAAAACGCCCCCAAAGAAAUCAAGCCAUUCGCAAAGCUCCGCUUCGAGCUGAUAAGAACAUUUAAACUUACUCCGGACUGCUUGAAAAAUAACACUGAGACAUCCGGUGAGGAUGAAGUCGGAGGCGACACGACACGACACGACAGCACU